AUGAUUGAUAACGUUAAAGGUAUGCCGCCGGCAAACGAGAAAGGUUGCCGGUUAACGGCGUUGAUAGAUUCCGGUGGAUUAGCAGAAGUAGAUCUGACUGAGAAGGAGCAAAAUUCUACUCGCCGUAGGCGAUUGGAUGGACGUUUGUUGAAAUCGACGACUGAGCUACCGGAAAAUUUCAAUGUCUUCGCCGAUGAUUACAGGCAUUGUAAGAAGAAAAAAAGUACUGUAACUGAUACUGAUGAUCAUCAAGUUCAACUAGCGUUAUCUAGUGAAGUGAAAAAAGUAAGGGAGAGCUUGGUGACGUGCUGUUCACAUGGAUCGAUAUCGUUGAUCGGCCGGAGAAGGGAAAUGGAAGAUGCGGUGGCGAUUUAUCCGUGUUUUUUCAGUGAAGGCGGCGGCGGCAGCAGCAGGAGGUAUGAUUAUUUUGGUGUUUACGACGGGCAUGGAGGGUCACGUGUAGCGAACGUGUGCCGUGACUUUUUGCACCGUUUAGUGAUACAGCAAGUUUCGGAAGGAGAAGAUUAUGAUGGGAAGAGUAUUAAUUGGGAGAGAGUUAUGACGGAGAGUUUCCGUAAAAUGGACGAAAAGGUGAACAAGGAAGGGGCGGAGAUGGCGACGAUAGGAUCAACGGCGGUGGUAGCGGUGGUGGGAGUGGAGGAAUUUGUUGUUGCGAAUUGUGGAGAUUCAAGAGCUGUGCUUUCACGUGCUGGAGUUGCCGUACCUUUGUCUAUUGAUCAUAAGCCUGACAGACCUGAUGAGCUGGAUAGAAUUGAAAAUUCAGGUGGGAAAGUCAUAAAUUGGAAUGGACAAAGAGUCUUAGGAGUUCUUGCUACUUCAAGAUCGAUAGGUGAUAUGUACCUCAAACCGUACGUGAUACCAGAUCCUGAAGUGAUAGUUAGCAAAAGAAGUGAUGAAGAUGAGUUCUUAAUACUCGCGAGUGAUGGUCUAUGGGAUGUCAUUCCAAAUGAUGUUGCGUGUGACGUUACAAGAAGAAGCUUGAAUGGUCAGACAUUCAGAAGGUGCGACCAACAAACCAAAUCCUAUAAGAGAGAUGAAGGCGUCAAAGAAAGUCUCGCAGCACGCGCAGCUUCCUUCCUCGCAGAGUUAGCAAUUGCUCGGGGUAGUAGGGAUAACAUCAGUGUAAUUGUCGUCGAUUUGAAUACAUCUGUACGUUCAUCCAUUGAUAGUUAAGCUUCCCAUACAAAUGAACAAUUUUUACGGAUGGAUCUUUCCUUUUGAUUGUCUGCAGCAAUACCAUUACUGCCUUGCUUGCUUGUUUUCUUUGUGAAGUUUAUGGUUCAUUUAGACUGUUAUUGGCCUUGGAAUGAUUUUUGACUGACAGGUUAGUUGCUGUAAUGGAAGGUCUUUGAAGUUA